AUGGAGGUGGUGCGCGAGUUCGACCACCGCCCUGUCCUCGAACAGAUCCCGAUCCCUCUACCCCACACACAACAGACAAUAUGCGAACUGGACUGCACCAUGAUCAAUGUCCCCUCAUCGUCUGAUGCUCAGCUGCAUCGACUGUACAAGGCCGAGGGAGUCGUUUACCCUGCGCUGCACAUCCCGCCGCUGCCCGAGACGCCCGAGCCGUUUACGGUGCCUACCCUCAAGCACCGCCCGUCGCCUCUGGCUGACAAGAUGGCGGCGUGGCGGGCGUGGGCUACUGAUGCUGCCGCGCCGCUACUCUCGGUCCAUGGCGUGGUCGUCUGGCUCGUCGCCGCUCUCUUGUUUCUCCUCCGUAGUCUGCGCAUCAUGUCGCCGGAUGUGUCGCGGGAGAAGCUGCCGGCGUAUCUCGGCGGCGCCGGGUGGGUCGGGACCAUGACCUCGGUCCGCAAGCUCGCCUGGCACCCGUACCUCCACCGCCUUGGGGUGGCGCUCCGUGACGGAUCAGUCCAUGUCUACGACCUGAUGAGCCAAGAAUGGAUCCCGUUCUCGCUUCGCCACGAGUUUCAGCAGGAUGUGUUCUCCAUGGCCUGGCAGCCACAGGCGGGCCACGUCCUCGCGGUCGGCACUGCAUCGGGUGUGGCCGUCUGGCUCGGCCCGUGCCCGCACCCACACCCGUGGAUGCGGUUCCUGACUUGCGGCGAAGGCCCGGUCACCUCGCUUUCGUGGCAUCCGGCAGGCACCCACCUCGCCAUGGCCUGCCCGUCAUCGUCGGACCUCAUUGUGUGGUCGAUGGAGCUCGGGCUGCCGACACGCCUCGCCCGCUCCGGCGCGGGCACCACCCUUGUCUCGUGGUCGCCAUCGGGCCACUACUUGCUUGCCGCCACCAACUCGGGCGUCUUCCGCAUCUGGGAGACAGCUACGUGGGCAUGCGAGCGGUGGUCGCUCGAGGCGCCUGUCAACUCGGCCGUCUGGUCAGCAGACUCUAACUUUCUCCUCCUCUCGCUUGAGGGCUGCAGCGAGGUGUACGCCAUGCGCCUCGAUGCCUCUCCGCCGGUCAUUGACGCCCAGUUUUGCCAGGUCCAUCACCUGCCGGCCACCCCCAACACCACCGCCACUUUUGACCGGCCAGCCGCCAGUCGCGCCGCCGGCAAAGCCGACGCCGAGAGCCCCGGCGGUGACGACGAGCCGUCAGCUGAGCCUUCUCACCCGCCACCCGGCUCGGUCACGCUCGGCGGUGCCAUCUCGAGCCUGGCCUGGGACGACUCGUCUGAGCGCCUGGUCGUCGCCUUCCGCGACUCGCCAUACAUGCUCACCUUCCACGCCACCACCUCGCCGGUCUUUAAGCUUGCGCCGCGCGGCGUCAUCAAGGCCUGCCUCGACGAAGACGCCGACGGCGUACCGCUUAGCCCGGUCUUCCGGCCCAAUUUUGGCCGCGGCGCCCUCCUUGCUUCGGUUGCCGCCAACUCGUCGACCAUCUCGUUUGUGCCCAUGUACUUUAUCGCCGAGCGCGACCACUCGCGGAUGGCGCUCAACAAGUGGUAG